UUGAAAGAAAAAUGAAGGCAUUUGCUGCAAUUUUCAUUUUGCUGGGAGUCUUCUGGACUCAAACUUCUGCAUUGGAGAGUUAUCUCCUGCCGGGACCUAACAAUGAAUAUGUCACUGGGUCUAUGACCAUUGACAACAAGAAGAACUAUGCUGAUGUCAGUGUCCGAUCUGGCAUGUACUCCUCUGACACCAUUUUUGACUACCAGCACGGAUACAUUGCAACAAGGCUGUUUGCACGACAUGCUUGUUUCAUCAUGAAAAUUGAUAGAGCUUCCAUCCCUGAGCUGCAAGAGCUUGGACGCCAGGCUUUUGAGAGACAGACUAUGAGGAAAAUUUAUUCUCCACGAGUUAUGUGGGUACAGUUUCAACCCGGUGAUGCCAUGUUUGGGAGCAUCAGAGAGUGGCUUCGCUAUGGUAAACCCAUUGAGCAACUCUGCAAGGGUCUACCUCUCUACAAGCUUACAAGGAGUGAACCACUGACUAAUUCCAACGGCUGUGCCAGUGCAGGAAUUCCAUCCAUUUUGGGCUUUAACAUCUGUGAGAAACUCAGAGAGAACUACUGAUCUGGACAGUCCUUCUGCUUGGAAGUGGCUCAUUUCUCUAUGUGCUUCUCUGAUGGUACACAUGUUCUUAAAAUGGAAGAAAACAAAAUCAAUUUACCUGUCCUGAGCUUUGAAAGCAACAAACAUAUGCUCUACAAAUAAAGAUAAUGUAGUAAUUCAAA